AUGGAAAAGAACAUCUGCUAUCGGCAACGAAGGAGAAAAGAAGUCUACGACGAUUGCGUACUCGAGGACUCCUGGUCCCAAGGCGACUGGCACGUCGAGGACCCUAACGUGGACUACGAGAUGCUGCUCAGAAGAUUACGAGCAUGUGUUGAGCGUGCCUCGAAGCCACGCAUGACAAACUUGGAUCGAAUUUCGAAGACCACCAAGGAAUUGUUGGAGAGAAGAAGGACUUUGAGGCUUGAUCCAAAUUCAUCGCACACUGAGCGGUUAGUAGCAAACAUUAGCUGCAGAAAAGCGUUGCAGCAGGAUCUUUCGAAAUAG